AUGGCCUUCGCGGACGAUAUUUGGAGCCGGGUGACUCUGAUCAACGUCGCCCUCGGCACGCUGGGCUACGUCGCGCUGCGCUUCCUCUAUCAGAUUGUCUAUUAUCGAUUCUUCCACCCGCUGUCGGUCUUUCCGGGCCCUUUCUGGGGAACUGUCACUCGACUAUGGAUCACCUGGCACAACUUGAAUGAAACGGAACUGCCGACCGUCAGCGCGUUGACGAAGAAAUACGGACGGGUUGUCCGAAUCACUCCGACUCUCCUCCUGGUCAGCGACCCUAAGAAAUUGCCCGAGAUCUACCAUCGCAAUGCAGACAAGACCGGCCAUUAUAUCACGGGAACGUUUGGAGAAACCGAGUCGCUGUUUAACAUGCGAUCUCACAAGACGCAUGCUGCGUUUCGCAAGCUCAUCGCGGGACCGUAUAGUUUCAGUAACGUGAAGAAGAUGGAACCGCUGAUUGACAUGCGCCUCCGAGACUGGCUUCAGAAGAUGAAUGAGAACUUCGUCAAGACGGGGGAGUGUUUUGAUUUUUCUUGGUGGGCCGUAUACUUCGCAUACGACGUUAUCAGUGAAAUUGGCUUCGGCGCUCCCUUCGGCUUCAUCGAAAAAGGUGAAGACGUCGGAGGCCUCAUCCAAGGCUUCCACGACGGCUUACCGGCUUUCGGCUUCCUGGCACGCCUGCAUCCCUUUACCAGUUGGAUCAAGACGACAUUUCUGAAAAAGUAUAUCGUGGCGACUCCGCAGGACGACUCGGGGAUCGGCGUUCUAAUGCGCUUCCGGGACAAGUUGAUCGACCAGCGUCUCCGGGAUGUCGAGCAGGGCAAGGAUAUCGGACGGGUGGAUCUGCUGCAAACAUUCAUCGAAGCUCGCACCGAAGACGGCCAGCCGUUGGAUUUGGAUUAUCUCAAGGCCGAGGUUCUUCUGGUGUUGCUCGCUGGGGCCGACACCACGGGCACCGUCUUCCAGGCCCUCAUCCAGUAUCUACUCGCCAACCCGGGUAUCUACGAUCGUAUGAUGGCGGAGAUCGAUGACGCGGCGCGCCAGGGCCUCCUCAGCGAUCCAGUUCCGCAAUAUGACGAAAUUCUCGAACAUCUUCCCUAUUACGUGGGCUGCGUGCGCGAGACCUUGCGCUUGAACCCGCCCGCGCCCAAUAUCUUUCCUCGAUUCGUGUCGGAGCCGGGGAUGGACUUGUUUGGUCGAUUUGCGCCCGCAGGAACUGAGAUCUCGGGCAACCCUUGGAUUAUGCAGCGCGAUCCGGCCUUGUUUGGCGAGGACGCGGAGGAGUUUCGGCCAGAGCGGUGGCUGGAUCCCGAGAAUGCGAGGCUGUUCAACAAGUAUCUGUUGACGUUCGGCUACGGCACCCGGGUCUGCUUAGGGAAGGAUAUUGCGAUGAUGGAACUGUUCAAGGGGCCAUUGCAGUUCUUCCGGCAUUACAAGCCCAACGUGGUCAGCGAUAAGCCCCCGCCCAAGUUCCUGAUCAAGGGCGGUAUUGGAUUCUGGAGAGACCUGUGGAUCACUAUUGAGCAACGAUCCUCGGCCAAGUCGUCAUGA